AUGAAGGAAAUGUCUUGCUUCUGCAUGACUUUUUCUUUCUUGUUAGAACAGAUGGUGAAGGCUUACAAAUACAUGACUGGUAUUUUUUCAGUGACUCAUACGUCAGAGCAACAGGCUUCAGAUCGUGAUAAGCAGCCAACCAAGAUGGAUGUAAGCUUACUUGAGGAGCAGUAUGACCAUAUAAAACAGAAGCAAAAACUGCAAUCACACAUUAUUGUAUUUAAAACAGGUGAACACGAAUCUGUUCUCCCAGAACCAAUGGUCAAUGCUGUUUUAAUUAAUAAAAAAGUUAGAAGAUCAAAGUCAUUUACAGAACGUGUUCCUGUCAGAAAUGUCAGACUGGAGAUGACAAGCAUACAAGACAACUCACCAUGGCGUACUCACCUGGGAAUUCACCGCCUGGUGCAAGCCCCUUGUCAAGGAGCUACCUGGGAUCUUUCCCACUGCAAGAACAGACCAUGCAGUUUUGACAAUCAGAGACUGAUUUCAAAGGGAAACGACACACUGCAACACAAGGAAUUAGAAGGAGCAAGUGAAGUAUCCACGCUCAAUCAACUGGGACGUUCAAGCACAUUGAACAGUUUCAGCAAAGAGAAUGGUAGCAACAUUUCAAGCACCUGCCAAAAGCCUCCUCUGAAAUCAGCCACUUCAGCAGUUUGGACACAUCAACAUAUUUCUUCCACAAAAUGCAUGCCAGCCUGCAACAAACUAAACUUUUACCCUUUCCCCAAUAAAAAAGGACCGAGAAUUUCUGAAGCAGCAAGGAGGCUUGGAUUGUAUGUCUCACAAUGA